AUGUCGCUCAGCUUAUACACCUCCGUCCGUCUUCUGUCCGGCUAUGACAUGCCUUUGCUCGGUUUGGGGGUGUACGAAAACGACGACUGCGUGCCCGCGUGCCUCACGGCGCUGAAGCACGGGUACAGGCAUAUCGAUUCAGCGCGCUACUACAUGAACGAAGACCAAGUCGGCCAGGCUGUCCGGGAGAGCGGUGUCCCCCGUGGAGAGGUAUUCGUCACGACGAAAAUCUAUCACCCUGAGCAUGGUUUCGAGAGCACACUACGUGCGGUAGACUCCUCCGUGGAGCGCUUCGGCCUGGGGUAUAUCGACCUGUACCUCAUCCACAGUGGAUUGUCGGGGAAGGAGAAGCGACUGGAUACGUGGAGAGCGCUUUUAAAGGCUCGCGAUGAUGGCAAGCUGCGCACUGUCGGUGUGUCAAACUACGGAGUGAAGCAUCUGGAGGAAAUUCGUGAGGCGGGGCUCCAGAUGCCUGCUGUGAACCAGAUCGAGCUCCACCCGUUCUGCCAGCAAACGCCGAUCGUCAAAUACUGCAAGGAGCAUGAUAUAGUCGUGCAAGCGUACUGCCCGCUCGUUCGCGGCAACUUUGACAAUUCUGUGGUGCAGGACGUCUCGCGCAAGUACAACAAAGAUCCCGCACAGGUCCUUGUUCGGUGGUCUCUGCAGCAUGGUCCCCUUCCAAAGUCGUCCCAGCCCACGCGGGUGGUGUCCAACGCGGAUGUGUACGACUUUGAGAUUGCAUGUGAGGAUAUGGCGCGUCUGGAUUCGCUCGACAUGGAAGGUGAUGGCGCGACGAGCUGGAACCCCGUCGAUGCGGACUGA